AUGCGCAACUUUGCUUCCGGUUCCUGCAUCAGAGUAGCCGACACAGCAUUGAACAGUUCAGUCGGCCAAGCAGAAAACUGCAGCCCCCUCGCCCUGAUCUCCGGUGCUGUGGCAUGGCCUAUUUCGCUCGCAUAUCUGCCUUCAAUAUACGAAUUCGGCCAGUCGAAAGAGGAGGCGAGGCGCACGCACGUGAAGCCGACGAAGUUCAGAGGAUUGCAGAUCAGCCAAACAGUCCACGGUAAAACUCGCAUUUCGUCGAAGCCAAUCACGCAAUGGGUGCAAUUUCCUGGUAAUCUGUAUCUUGGCCCGUUCUUCUACGUCCUAAAUGCUGAUCAGUAUCGAUACGAGCUUGGCGGAUUCCAUCGAAAGGUCACGACUGCAAGCCAGAAAGCACAGACGUGGUUUGAUCGGGGCUUGAUUUGGAGUUAUGCUUUUCAUCACGAGGAGUCGGCCCUUUGUUUUGAGAGAGGGAUCUACCAGGAUGCCGAAUGUGCGAUGGCCUACUGGGGUUUGGCGUUUGCACUCGGUCCGAAUUACAACAAGCCAUGGGACCUCUUCGAUGAGAAUGAAUUGAAAAGUACGCUGCAAAGAAUCCACCAGGCAAAUGCAGAGGCCAGGACACGUGUUUCUGGAUCUACUCCUGUGGAGAGAGCUCUGAUCGAUGCCAUUCAAGUUCGGGUGCCAAAGGGGUUGAAUGAAGAUGCAUUCAAGGCGUGCAAUGAGGAGUAUGCCGAAGCCAUGAAGCAGGUCUACGAGCAGUUCAGCGACGACUUCGACGUGGCUACCCUGUACGCGGACUCGAUCAUGAAUCUAUCAGCUUGGAAUCUAUGGGAUCUCAAAACCGGCCUGCCAACCCCAGGGUCGCGGUCAGUGGAAGCCAAGCAAGUCUUGGAAAAGGCGCUCGGUCAGAAUGGUGCGCAUCAACACCUUGGGAUCCUGCAUCUAUACAUCCACCUAAUGGAGAUGUCGAAGACGCCAGAGGUGGCGUUGGUGGCUGCCGAUCAUCUGCGCAAGCUAAGUCCCGAUGCGGGCCAUUUGGUUCACAUGCCGUCGCACCUUGAUAUCCUUGUUGGUGACUAUCGACGAGCUAUUGACUCCAACGCAGACGCCUGUCUUGCUGAUGAAAAAUAUCUUGCUGAACAUGGAGGCGACAAUUUCUAUUCGGUCUACAGGUUGCACGACUAUCACUCGCUGAUUUAUGCGGCCAUGUUCGCCGGCCAGUUCAAGGUCGCGUUGGACACAGUCGGUCGGAUGGAAGCUUCCUUACCUGAAACUCUGCUUCGAAUCGAGAGUCCACCAAUGGCGGACUGGCUCGAGAAUUUUGCUUCAGUUCGCAUUCAUGUUCUAGUACGGUUUGGCCGCUGGAAGGACUUGAUAGACAUGGAGAUGCCCGCAGAUAGACACUUGCACUGUGUAACGACAGCCAUGGUACACUACGGUAAGGGCGUGGCCUACGCGGCUACCGGGAAUGUCGCCAAAGCCCAAGCAGAGCGAGACCAGUUGGGUGAAGCUGUUCAGCGGAUACCAUCUUCGCGGAUAUGCGGCGACUUCCCGAACAAAUCCAAUGUCGUCCUGAUGGUGGGUCUCGCUAUGCUAGACGGCGAGCUUGAGUAUCGCAAAGGUAAUUAUGAGUCAGCCUUCCAGCAUCUUCAGGAGGCGAUUGAGCGAGACGAUGCGCUCAACUACGCAGAACCCUGGCCAUGGAUGCAACCCACCAGACAUGCCUAUGCUGCUCUGUUGAUGGAGCAAGGACGGGUAGAAGACGCUGCUGUUGCCUAUCGUGCGGAUCUUGGCUUUGACGACACUCUGCCGCGGGCAAGACAGCAUCCCAAUAACGUUUGGGCGCUGCAUGGAUAUCAUGAAUGUCUGGUGAGGCUAGGUCGUCAGGAUGAGGCUGGGAUUGUGGGCCAGCAACUGAGGAUAGCGCAAGCGGUAGCCGACGUGAAAGUAGAAGCUAGUUGCUAUUGCCGUGGCAGCGGGAACGCAUGA